UGUCAAUAACAGCUGAUGACACGUUGUUUAUUGGUUAUUGUUAUUCAAUAAGGGAAAAAAAACCUAUAUAAAUAAUGGAAGCACACAAAUGAUUUUAAGUUUAAGUUUAUUGGUAUAGUAUCAUUCUGUCAUGGCAAGUUCACUAGAUGAUGAUAGCGAUUGGGUGACUGAUUUGGAGACUGCUUUAUUGGAAGAAUGUUCUGCUACAGAUGUUUACUGUAUUUGCAAGGGGAAACCCUUACCAGAAGGGAUGAGGUCGGAAGUUUGGCAGAUUUGUUUAGAUGUUCGUGACAAAGGUAGCCAGUUAGACAAUUUCAAUGAAAUCUUCGAUUUAUCCAAUCAAAGUGAACUGAGAGAAGACUGUACCAAAUUUGUAUCGAAACUUGACAACGAUGGAGAAGAACAAAUCUCAGUUGUAUCAGACCUCGAAUCUAUCAUAACCUUUUAUUGUAAAAGCAGAAACCUGACAUAUUCCAGGAACAAUGGCUGGAUUGAAUUGCUCCUUCCUCUCUUAACCUUAAAAAUUCCAAUUUGCACAGUUUAUAACUUAUUUGAAGCCAUACGCGAUAAUUUUAUACCACAGAGCUAUCAAGCUGAAGGAAAUGCAUUUCAUAUAUUACGUUUACUUCUGCUUUACCAUGAUCCAGAAUUAUGCUCAUUUUUAGAUUCCAAACGUAUCACACCAGAUAAAUAUUGCUCUACAUGGUUUCAAUCUCUUUUUGCAGCAACAUGUAAUAUGCAGGUUAUUAUCAAUAUGUGGGAUUACUAUUUUCAACAGUCAGAUCCAUUUUUGAUCUUUUUUCUUUCUCUAAUAAUGGUAAUUAAUGCAAGAGAACACAUAAUGUCUUUGAAAAAAGAAACUACUGAAGUUAUUAUAGACACGCUUUCCAAUAUGCCAUCAGCACUUGAAGCCGAUGAUGUCGGCGAUUUCUGCUCGUUAGCACAAUAUUAUGCAGUUAAAACCCCCACAUCCUUUAGGAAUGAUCUCAUACAAAAUAUCUACAGUGGAAAAACUGAUGACAACCUAUCAGUUUCUCAAGCACUAUGUCUUCCAGUAUCUGUGAGAGAACUUGUUCAAAAUGUAGCUCAAGGAGCAGGAAAUGUAGAUAGCGUUAGAUUUUUCUUAGUCGAUUGUCGACCAUUUCAACAAUAUAAUGCAGGACAUCUACCCACUGCUUUUCAUCUGGAUUGUAAUUUAAUGUUACAAGAACCAAGUGCUUUUAACACUGCAGUCCAAGGAUUGUUGUCAGCCCAAAAGCAAGCUUUAGAACAUGGAUCUAAUGCAGGAGGAGAGCAUUUAUGCUUCUUGGGUUCUGGUAGAAACGAAGAAGACCAGUACACCCACAUGGUGGUGGCGUCUUUUCUUCAGAAACACACCCAGUAUGUUUCAUUACUUACUGGCGGUUACAUAUCACUCCACAAUUACUUCAACAACAACCCUUCGCAAUUUUUAUCAGACCACAAUCCGAAGUUGUGCAUUGUUUGUGCACCAGUCUACAAUUUGAAUAUGUCUGAUAAGAAUUCCAAAUCUGGUCAUAGUUCUGAUAUAUUCGGAAAAAUAUCGGCUGUCAUGAAAUCUAAGUCGGCUGAAGUGAAGGAGAAAUUGAUUGAUUACAUAGUGAAUCCAAACAGCAGUCCAGUUCAAGAGAGACAUGUAUCUAGUACAGAUAAAAUUGGAAAACGGUACAGAAAUGUUGCACCUGUAUUCAGUAUAGAUGAUGAUCGUGAUUACAUCACUGGUGGUGAGCACCCCAAGGAAGAAGAAGAAACAAGAGAACUUGUCCAGAUUCAACAGUGGUUGAAAAACCCUUCAAUUGUGGAGCAUUUUCCAUGCGAAGAAGUCAAAUUGAAUGGAUUUAUGUAUAAGAGUCACCUAAUUAUCACCACAUCAGAUCUAGUGGUAUUACGUGAGGUUCCUGAUCAGAAAGGAGUGGCUGAGGUAAUAGUGAAGAGACCACUAUCUGCAAUCGUGAAAAUAACAGCUAGAAAGCGACAUCCCGCAUUGAUUACUUUCAAAUACGGGGUUCCCGAUGGUGAAAAACUAAUUAUUUCGGAUAUGGAUAGAUUUUUGAUUCCGAAUGCAGACAAAGCUACUAAAGUGGUGUCAGAGCAAAUCCUAAAACAGCUGAAAAAUAGAGAAUGUUGAAUUUUAAAAUAUUAUGUAUUAAUUUAUAUUGUAGAUAUUUUCUUAUAGUAAAGUAAGUAAUUAUAACUGUUA